AUGAAGAACUCCAUUUUUACGAGCAUCUUGGUUGGUUUUCUGCAGAUUUUGCAGUGUUCGUCUUCACCAGUAUCGCAAAGAUGCUCUGAUGUCGCUGCACAAUGCAUGAAGGCUGCCACUAUACACCCUGAAAUGUGUAUUGAUGCUGUUGGUCCCAGCUGCUUAGUUUCAGGACCUGGCGAGAGAGCCGAAGACGACGUAUCGGGAAGACAGCUCUUUAAGCGUUACGAAUAUGACCAAGCUUGGGUUGGCGAGACGUUCAAUUACGGAAAUUUCGUUGCUACAUUGCAAUAUCUGCAAAAUAGUGGCAACGGGGAACUACUUCUUUCAGCUACCGCACGUAACCUUAUCUCUACUAUUACGGUAUCAUUGGCAAAGCAGCUGAUUAAGAAUUACGCUGGGAAGACUGGAGGUGCUGUCACCACUACAAUCAACAAUAUACAGUAUCGGUUCACUGUAACCGGUGCUGGUGUCAAUGUCGACUCGAUCACAGUGCAACAGUGGGAGAACACACUGGGGCCGCUUUUGGAAUUUGGAGUUAUUCACGGCUGGGAUAUAUUGACUGGUCGUUUGGACAUUGGACCUGGAGCAGAGUGGGUUACUCAGAUUUACCGACUGACUUAA